AUGGCCAAGGUCGCGCUCGAUGCGUCGGUGCAGCACCAAGCGGCACGCAGCCAGCGGUGGAUGCUGAAGCUGUCAUCAGCCAUAAGGCUUGUCAAGGAUCCCGCCGCCUGCGACGUGCUCGUGGUGGGCGCCGCCUGCUCCCGCCUGCCCCUCGCCGCGGCAAACGCCAUCGGCAACGCCGCGGCCGCCUCCUCAUCCGGCCCCAAUGCUGCCGGCCCGGAAGCCCCACGCAACCCCGCCGCCAACGGCUCCAAGAGGCAAUCGAAAACCAGCAAACCAAGUUCAGCCAGGACCGUGGCUGCGGCAGGCGGGGUGGUCAAGGUUGUGGCCGAUGAUUGGAUCCAGGCGUGCGCGGACGCAGGGCGCCUGCUGCCGACCGACGAGUUCGAGGCCGCAGUGCGGCGGCGCGCGGCGGACGCCACGGCGGGCGCCGCUGCAGAGGCGGCGCGGGCGCGAGAGGGCGCGGAGGGUGGGCAGCUGGCUCAGUACAGGGCCUGGCUGGGGCACUGGGACGAGCGCCUGGCCGGGGCGCACGACCUUAAUGAGCUCAUGCUGAACGCCGACUUUAGCGACGAGCACGCGGCGGCGAACGGCAACCUGGAGCUGUCUGCCGUCUUGCGGGCCAUCGCGGGCUAUGAAAAGGCGGUGACAGACACCAAGGCAACGGGAGGGGAGGGCAGCAAGGCAGGCGCGGCCCCCAGGGACCUGGUGUACUCACGGGCCGCCGGCGCCGUCAAGGCCUGCGCCUGGCGGAUAGGGCCCGAUACCACAGAGGAGCAGCUCGUCAGGGGCAUCCCCUUCGUCAGCAAAAAGGUGGCUGCCGACAUCCGUGAGAUCCUGGACACCGGCUCCUGCAGCCGCCUCAACAACAUGAGGAACGACCUGCCAGUCGUGUCCAGCCGCCCCGAGAGCGCCGGGGCGCACACGCGGAAGCUGCUGGCGAAGCUGCCCGGCGUGGGCUUCAAGACCGCUGCAAAGCUGUAUGCGUGCGGCGUGAGGUCCUUUGAGCAGCUGGAGCGCCUGGCAGCCGACGCGGAUUGGAGGGCAGGGCCCGGGGCCGCGGCUGGGCUGCGGGCUGAGGCAUAUGGGACGCUCCGCUUCUGGCGCGAUCUGAUCGAGGAUGUCCCCGAGGAGGACAGGCAGGAGAUGCAACAGGCGGUGGAGGCGGCCGUCGAGGCCGCUACUGGGCUGGGCGGCUGGGUGCUGACGCCGGUGGGCGGCGCGGCGCGCGGCAAGGGCGGCGGCCACGACGCAGACUUCCUGCUGCACAGGGUGGGGCGCGAGGGGCAGCUGCUGACGCCGCAGGCAAAGGCGGCGGGCGCGGUGUCUGUGGUGCAGGCCCUGCACGACAGACUGGUUGUGCAGGACAAGAUCCUGCCAUGCGAUGGCGGGCAGCGGUGGUUUGGUCAGGUGGCAAGCGGCUCUUACUACGGCUGGCGCAGCAAGUUCAAGCCCAACAAGCAGGACGAGACUAACAACGCAAACGAGCGGCUGGACCACCUGUACUGCCUCUUCAAAACCGCUGAUGGGAAGAUGCGACGCAUGGACGUGGGCUGGGUCGGCUCCACCACCUGGCUGAGGAUGCUGCAGGUGCACGCCACCAACCGGGGGAUGAGGUGGAGCAAGAUCGGCCUCUUCAGGUGGGCGCCGGCCACCUCGCAGCAGCAGCAGCAGCAGCAGCAGCAGCAGCAGCAGCAGCAGCAGCAGCAGCAGCAGCAGCAGCAUAAUACGCAAGACGUGCCUGUUGGCGGCAGGGGCGGCGGCGAAAGUGAGCACGGUGGCGGCAAACGGCGGCGGACAGAUUACCCUGCAGAGCGACCGGUGAUGGGCCGACUGUCUGGCGGCGGCGACGGCGGCGACGCUUCAUCAAGCGACGAGGACGGUGGAGGUGACGGCGCCGGCGACUGCAUGUGCGGCGGCGAGGGCGGCGACGGGGGUGGGGCUGGUGGUGGAGGGGGACGGCGGCUAGAUGAGUUUGGGGAGCCAGUCUAUUGCGCCGGGGACGACCCCUUCGGCAUCGGCGGCAUGUGGCUGUUGGUCCCGGAUGAGUCGCCCCCCUCACGCGACAAGCUGGGGUGCGAGGACUGGUGGCCGGAGGGCUGGGGCCCGGGGCGGCGCGUGGAGCGGGAGCGCGACAUCUUCGAGCUGCUGGGGCUGCCCUUCCGCGAAUUCACACAGCGCAACAUAUGA